AUGGCCACCAACGGAGCCCCGGCAUUGGGUGCACGACCAUUGGGGCCUGAGUACGUCAUGGGUCCACCGGUCGUGACAUUGCCGACCGGAUCGCCAUUGGAGCAAUUCCAGUGCAUUGUCAGCUCGAUUGGCGAGCACGCCCAUCCGCCGCAUCACAGAUUGAGGUGGAAUUCUGAGAUGGUAUUGUCUCGCAUGCGAGAAGCCAUUGCCAUUUUCUAUGCCCACCUGGCGUGCAUUGCCUCGUCAUUGGAGCUACACCAAUGGAAGACUGCACUCAUUGAGACCACGCAGAUUGUCGACAAUUACGUCACUGUGACAUUGGGCGAAGAAGGAGGAUUCGUCCACCUUGAUUGCCCAAUCAUCAUGGAGAUUGCCGAACUUGUGCAUGACGCAUUGACGGCGUAUUCGCGCCAAUACGUGCGAUUCAACCACAAGAUUGGCGGAAUUGAAGUGCAACUUGGAUGGACAGUUGGGAAUAAGUAUUCCCGCACAUUGACUCCUGACGGAUUCCCAGUCCAUUGUGGUUUCGCCAAUUGCAUCUUCCUCAACCUAUUGUGGGUUUGCAACCGCUGCAUUGGGACGAUGAGUCAGCCGGACAUUGAGGAUGGCAUUCCCAUCUUCUCGCCAAACUUGGCGUUUCUCAUUGUCGAUAAGACAGUUGAGUGUUACUACGCAUUGAGGAGCAUCUUCACACGUACCAUUGCUGUCACAUCGUACAAUUGUCAGAACUACGCCCCUGUGGAGGGCUUGAUGGAUUGGUUCUGCUGCAUUGCUCUCCCAGCAAGCUUGAUUGAGUCGCUGAAUGCUGGAUUGACGACGCUGAUACCCACGCCAUUGGGUCAACUUAAUGCCCAAUUGACAGUGGAUGCUGCCUUGAGAAAAUUGCUUUGCAUUGUAUCACAAUUGUUCUUUUCUGUCGAGCAGCUGGUGCCUAGCACCCAUGAUGCGAUUGCCAACACGUAUUCGCACAUUAUGCCUGGAUUGGUACGCAAUCAUAGCAUUGUGUUGGAGCUUCCGACUCUGAGCGUUGAGGGAUUGGCAUCAUUGGUUCACAAUUCCAGUUAUGCGAAUUGGGUUCCAACGGAGACGGUGCACAGGCAUUGCACCCUGCCAUUGACGCAUCUAGAGAUUGAAGGAACUCCGGAAUUGUACUUUCUCACUGAGAAUGGUGAUGAGAUUGCUGCAGACGAUAUUGCCUCCACGGCAAGUGCAGGCAUUGAUUCGAGCACAGAUCCAGUACCCUCUUCAUUGACCAGAGAGGAGUACAACAUUAUGUUGUCUACUGCUGCUGCGAUUGCGAAGAAGCGCAAAGGUCAUUGA